AAGGGUAACACGGAGAUCGGACCAUAUUUACACGGAGCGUGGUAUAAAGCAUAGUUAGCAGUUUUGCCUGUAGAGCGCGCCUGAACAACCGAAUGCCAUGCAUUCCAGUGUAAUGUUCAAGUAGUAGGGGAAGCGAGGCUACCUCUCGUGUCAAACAGGCCGUGUUCUGCGUGUCCGCCCGCAUACCAUUAGAUUUUCAUCGUUUUCAAUGAAAAUACGUGCCCUAUCUCAGCUUGACAUGCCAGGAAACGUCGCGCCGGAUGUUUGAUCGUGUGUUCAAGCGAGUGUCAUCGCUCAACGUUCGGAAAUGUGUUCUGAAAGUUCAUCGAUUAUGAGAGCAGAUUUCUACAACCGGUGCCGGGCUUCCACCGAUUUCUCACGGGAACCCCGAACCGCGGUGAACACCUGGUGCCUCCUCAGGUCAACGAAGACCUCUGCGCUUGGAUUUGCUCGUUGGUCUGGGGAACCACCGGACCAACCUGUCAGGAUAAAUCUUGAUCUCGCCGAACGGUGGUUCUCGAGGGUGCAACCAUCGAGGAGGAUCCACGACCGAAUCGGGAAAUCAUCGAGCACAGAGAGGAGAUGUCCGCCGUCGAGAGCGCCUUGGACGUCCUCUCCAGGGCAGCGACGAUGGUGCAAGAGGAGAGACCGAAGGCGACAAAUCUCCACCGGAAGCCAAGCAGCGCGUGGCGUAAAGAACGCAGGAGGGACCCGAUUCAGAGCGAGGCGCUCGACAUGUCCGCAGCCAGGGUUCAUCAUCACCAUCAUCACAGCAGGCCCAGCGUGAUUGUACCCACUACGCCACAGGCUGGCACGACGAUCGAGGACACUGCUGUGGCUCCUACUCCAACGCUGACGCCAUCCGCGGCAGCAGGAGGCCAGAGGACCGGGCUUAGGACCGUGGGCGGCGUAAGCGAUCCUGCAAUAGACGAACACUUCAAGCGAUCGCUAGGGCUAGAGGAGUACGCAGCUGUCUUCAAUGCGACCACCACUGACAAGGAAGCUGGUCUCAGUGUGGACGACCACUUCGCGAAGGCGCUCGGUGAAACCUGGACGAGGCUGCAGGCGACCAGUCGAAGCAAGGAUUCCACUUAACUGCGGGACAGUUAUCACGAGUUUCCGCUGGGUCUUUGUCGUUGCUGUUGUCUUCGAGGCGCGGUCAAUGUUGUUCGAGUACUCGCUGACAAAUAGUGUUAUGUCGUUGUUGGUAGAAGAAACUCGACCGAUCGAUUUGACGAACCGCUCUACAUUGUUAUUCGCGCGCAAAAAAAGCGGAUGGUUGGUAGAAAACGCGUGGCUCGUCCGUGGAAUUUCGCGAAUUUGUCCGCUUUUGUUCUCCAAAUUUCUUGGCGAAAGGAAAACGUACACAAGUGUCCUUGACCGCCCGAAAUCGGCCGAGCGUUAAUUCGACGACGGAGACUGCCUCGUUCGAAUAGAAAAAGAGAACGUUUAGGGCGCGAAUGAGUUUGACGAUAUUGUAUAUAGAUAUGCGUAUUCUUUUAUUAUGCCAUCAUCGCAGUCAUAAUCGCAGCCCGCUCGUAGGGGCGUGAAGUUAUUUAUUACGAUGUUCCAUAUUGCCUCGCUAAAUAGUUAUAGUUGAUCCGUUUACACUACAACUUAUUCUCUUUGUGAUCGACAGCCUUGAUCGCGUGCAUGAUAACGAACCGCAAAACCAGUAAGAAUAUCAAGGUGAUCGAUGAAACAUUGCACAAUGUUGGCGUUGCGGCGGAUUGCUCGUGGAUGUAAACGGAUGGAUGUGUAUAUAAUAAUUAUUUGCAUAAAUGUUAACUUUAUGCAUAUAUAUAUGCGUAUACAUGUGUACACAUAUAUAUAUGUAUGUAUGUAUGUUGUAAUUAUAUAAAUCCGAGAGUCUUUACAAACGAAGUAGGGAAAUAAGCGCGAAACCGUAUAACAAACCGAUCGUCGCACAAACCUUGUAAACACGUGUUCGCGUCAAGCGACGAAUUAUACGUAAAUAUUGUACUAAAGACAAAGAAGAGGAUACAUAA